AUGCAAGGGUUCAUUCAGUUAACGAAUCUAACCCUAUUUCAUCGUAUUCGGAGCACUGACAUUUCUCAAAGAGACGUUCCAGACGGCCUUCGAGUGGCACAAUUAUUCACGAAGGGCAAGGCCUUCCUCGGGGAUGAUCUCAAGGUCACGUUGCUUUCCUUCGUCAAUGGCCGACCCGGUCGCGGGUCAUCCCUGAUGGCGGUCCCGCUAUCUCGGCUGCUUCGGCUUGGAGGCGACGCUGAGAUGGUAGCGGGAGGAAAAGGCUCCGCGUCCAACGGAGUGAUGGAGAUUUCCGAGGGGCUGGAAGAGCGGGAUACGUUCUUCCAUCGCCUCUACCGAGGCAUUCCUCUGGUUCAGACGCUUUGCGAGAAAGGCUACGAGAUCCACAAGAAGGCGGAAGAGCGCCUGCCCGGUUACGCGUGGAUCGUCUCGGGCCCCGUCCAGAAUGCCGCCGCCUCCGUCUCGGGCAGACUCAUGCACAUUCCCAAAGUUGGAGAAUACGUGGAGUUUGUGGACAGUACUGCUUGCGUGCUCCUUCAGGGGAUCUUGGACAAGUAUCCCACCUUGUCCCGCCCCCCAUCCGAACUGUACGAGGAGACGCGCGACUGCGCGAAGGACCGAAUGGAGGAUGCCUUGGGAAUGCUGGCCCGGCCUUCGUUCACCCGCCGGGGCCUCAAGUGGAUGGAGACCUGGAUCGGCAUCGUGGAGAAGGCCUGCAUCGGUCUCGCCAACAAAACACAGCUUCAGGAUGAGGCGGGAGUUCCUGGGACGUGGACGACGUCCGCUCUAUUCGCCGCGCUACGCCGACUCUCUCAACCUGCCCUUCUCUUCUACUCUAAAUGUCUGAAGAUCGUGCGACGGAGAGUGAGGUCCGUGCGGCGGAUGGGGAGGUCCUUGGCGGAGGCGGGCUUCGUGGAAGCCAUUCCGGCCUCGGACCACGACCAGCGGAAGAAACUGACGCCAAAGAAGCGACUGUCUGAAGGAUCCUCACCGGCACGAAAGCUGCAGGAGACCCUCCUGGCCCCCUUCUACCUGCUGGGCCUGCGCUGCCGGGGAACGGGGAAGAUCCCGAUGGUGUCCUUCAAGAGCGUGGACACGGACGGAUCCCCGAACCGACCGGACCUGGCAAACGUGGAGCGAAAGAGGAAACUGAAGACGUCGUCCUCGUCGGACGAGUGGGACGCUCGAGUUCUCUUGGAGCCCAAGCUUCUCGAAGAGGAAGGCCAAGCCCUCGAUCCUGAUUACAUGCCGCCGGAGGAACUGAGCGACUCCACCGACUCGGAUUCGGAGCUGGACGAGACCGACGAAUCGGAAGAGGACGAGGAGGAAAAAGAAGAGGAGAUGCUGGGGAGUGCCGAUCACGAUGGAGGUGAGGCCCCUGACCCCUCUGCCGAAUAAAAAUCGGAAGGAGCUGGGCAGUUGCGAACGUGGGGGUGGCGCUGCUCGCCGUGCUGGCCUUCUUCGUGGUCGUCUUCUCGCAGUCAUCCCUGUAUCUGCGCCUGGGCUGCUUUCCUCUCUAGGGGGCUCGUGCGUUCGGCUUGCAUUUGAUUUUCGUCCAUUUUUUCCAGUUUUUAAAUGCGCUUUUUAUUUUUUUAUUUUUUACAUGCGAGGAUAUUUGUCCGAAGGGCAUUUUAUAAAAUGUAUUGUAUCAAGGGUAAGAGAUUGCGUAAUUUUAUAGAAUAAAGUAUUUUUAUGCGCU